AUGGCCGCCGUGUUGUUGUAUGUAUGUUCGGCAUUGGUUGUUUGGGUGUGCUGUUGGAUGCCACCGGUUGUUUCGGACAAUGUGCGGUGUCCUUCGUCAUGCACUUGUCUAGGAAAUAAUGUUGAUUGCAGCAAUUUUGGCCUGAUCAACAUCCCCAGAGAUAUUCCAGUAUGGGCGACUAGAUUAGAGUUGCAGUCAAACAGUAUAACGGAGAUACGGCCAGACGACUUACAGGAUUUGCGCAACCUUCAGUAUUUGGAUUUGAGCAGGAAUAACAUCCAUCUGAUCAAUGGCUCGGUGUUCAGGGAUCUCACCAGUCUACAGACAUUAAAACUGGACUUCAACAAACUGACCCAGAUACCUCAGUUCCCGCUGCCACUGGGCAUCAGCGAGUUGACGCUAUCUCAUAACCAUGUUGUGACCAUUCCAAUGCCAGUGAUGCUGCAGAUGCCAGAGCUGCUGACCAUGGACGUUAGUAACAACUACAUACUGAGCAUCACCAAUGGCAGUUUCCCUGCAGGAUCCAAGCUGACUCAUCUAAUUUUGAACAGCAAUCAGAUUUCUGUUAUUGAGCAAGGCAGCAUGGGUAAUCUGACGUUCCUGGAGACACUAAAGUUGAACAAGAACAAACUGACAGAGUUGCCGCAGCUUGUCUUUAACCAUCUCAACAGUUUGAAGACUUUAGAUAUCAUGCGCAACAGGAUCAGAAGCAUCAAGAGCCUGACCUUCCAGGGAUUGAGUAAACUGCAGGUGUUAAAACUUCAGAGGAACAGCAUUGCCGUCCUGAAGGAUGGGGCCUUUUGGGGUCUGCCCAGUCUGAUCAGUUUGCAGAUGGAUCAUAACAAAAUUGUCAAUGUGACCCAGGCAUGGCUGUUUGGAUUGAAAAUGUUGAAAACGCUAUCGCUGUCUCAUAACAAAAUCAACAGGAUUGAAAAUGGAGCAUGGGAGCCCUGUAAACACCUGUUAAAAUUGGAUUUGACCCAUAACAAACUGACGGCUAUCACGGAGACCACCUUAGCGCACUUGACCACGCUAGAGACUCUGCUUUUGGACCACAACCAGAUCUCUCGAGUGGACGAAGACGCUUUCAGGGACCAGGAGGACCUUCAUAUUCU